UGGCCAUGGCGUCGGCGGAUCGGCCAAUGGAGAACGGCUUCCAUUCUGCCGUGCUUCAAAAUUGACGAGGCGACGGAAGGAAGACUGUGAAGACAGGCGUCUCUGAAGGCGUCUUGAAUUAACGAGGAAAAUGGCGUUAUCUUGCGCGAUUUCCAAUGAGGUACCGGAGCAUCCAGUGAUAUCUCCUGCCUCUGGGUCAAUAUUUGAGAGACGUCUCAUAGAAAAGUAUAUAUCUGAAAAUGGGGUAGAUCCUAUUAAUGGCAAAGAACUCACUAUUGAGCAGCUCAUUGAUAUAAAAGCGACUCCAAUUGUCAAGCCCAAGCCACCUAGUGCGACUUCUAUUCCAGCAAUAUUGAAAAUUAUGCAAGAUGAAUGGGAUGCAGUUAUGUUACAUUCAUUUACGUUACGACAACAACUCCAGACUGCGAGGCAGGAGCUGUCUCAUGCCUUGUAUCAGCAUGAUGCGGCUUGUCGUGUGAUUGCUAGGCUGACUAAAGAAGUCACUGCUGCCAGAGAGGCGCUGGCCACUCUCAAACCACAAGCUGGAAUUGUCCAGGCUACUACAAUCCCGCAGCCUGCUGUGGCAGUAGAGGCUGGUGGCACAGCAGCUCAACCUAUGGAACAGGCUGGUAUCACUGAAGAUGUAAUACAGAAACUUCAAGAACGAGCAACCGUUCUUACUCAAGAGCGAAAACGACGUGGACGCUCAGUACCGGAAGAUCUUAUGCCUCAGGACAGUAUCCGGUCAUUCCAGACCCUUGCAUCACAUCCCGGACUUCAUUCUGCCAGUGUGCCUGGAAUUCUGGCGCUUGAUAUUCACAGUGCUGAUACCAGCAAGAUUUUAACAGGUGGUGCCGACAAGAAUGCCACUGUUUUCAACAAGGAUACCGAACAAGUGGUGGCAAUCCUCAAAGGUCACACGAAAAAAGUUACACGAGUUAUUUAUCAUCCAGAGGAAGAUGUAGUGAUGACUGCAUCACCCGAUGCUACAAUUCGCGUGUGGAAUGUUGGUACCAGUCAAACGACAUUGUUAUUAAAAGCUCAUGAUGCACCUGUGACCGGAUUGUCUCUACAUCCAACCGGCGAUUAUUUACUAAGCUCCUCCCUGGAUCAGCAUUGGGCCUUUUCAGAUAUACGUACUGGCAGAUUACUGACUAAAGUUGCAGGACAAGCAGGACAACCACUGACAACGGCACAAUUUCAUCCUGACGGUUUAAUCUUUGGCACUGGUACAGCGGACUCUCAGGUGAAGAUCUGGGAUUUGAAAGAACAAUCUAAUGUUGCGAACUUUCCGGGACAUACGGGUGUAAUCACAGCCAUUAGUUUCUCUGAGAAUGGAUAUUACUUGGCGACAGCUGCGGAAGAUUCUUGCGUCAAACUUUGGGAUUUGCGCAAGCUGAAGAACUUUAAGACAUUGCAGUUGGAGGAAUCCUAUGAAGUGAAGGAUAUUUGUUUUGAUCAAAGUGGGACUUACUUGGCUGUGGCAGGAACGGAUGUCAGGGUAUAUCUCUGUAAGCAAUGGCAGGAAUUGAAGGUCCUGAACGAUCACACAGCGGCGGCCACCGGGGUUCGUUUCGGAAAGCAUGCACAAUACAUUGCGUCUACCAGCAUGGAUAGGACAUUAAAACUUUACGGAUUAUCAUGAAUAUAAAUUUAGGAAUAUAUAGAAAUAUAUAUCCAUUAUUUAAUCAGACUAGGUUACGUUAUAAAAGUCUAAUGGAUCCGGUCAAGUGUGAGUUAACUUUUUCAGUUUUUAAAUCUUUUAUGUAUUUCUAAAUAAAAAGUUUAUAGUAAUACAAGAAUGUGGCAGGCUCGUAAUAUUGUAAGAUCCAUUUUAAGCUUUGCUUUCGAGAUCGGCCUUAUGUGAAUUAGGAAUUUUGUUACGUUUUUUUUUCUUUCAAAUACAAAUCAUUUUGAGGAUUUCUCAGGUUAGCUAUAAAAUUUUAAACGUUGUAUCUCUCUCAUUGUGCAUUUUUACAAAAGUAUAUUUAUCUUUAUGUGCAAAUAAAUGUCAAGUGCGAUUGCGUACAAAA